AUGAGACUCACCAUUAUAGCUCCAGAGAGCAUAUACGAUCAAGAAGUAGACCCUUCUAUGGUGGCUGCCGUGCCCGCACCCGACCAAACCCUCUCGACCGAUGCUGGCGUAGCUCUGUCAGAGGACGACAAGCCUUUGUCGAGCUACGGUUUGAAUGGCGAAAGCGCAACUCUCUUCCUUACCUUCCGCGAUGCAGACUUCGAGAGGAUGAGACUUCAGGCUUUGGGUGAUCCUAGACUCAUGGCACAACUGCGUCAGGCCAACCCCGAGUUCGCAUCCGCGAUACAGGCCGGAGGAUCACGUUUUAAAGAGAUAAUUCGACGCCAGGAGUCCACCAUGAGGGCGGCGGCUGAGGAGAAAGAGAGGCAGAUCGAGUUGCUCAACGCGGACCCGUACGAUAUCGAGGUUAGCGGAAGUAGCGUCGCUGGACUGACAAAGCAGGCCCAAAAGAAGAUCGAGGAAGCUAUUCGAAUGGAAGCCGUUCUGGAGAACAUGCAACACGCUAUGGAAUUCUCAUCGUUCGGACACGUCACGAUGCUUUACAUCAAUGUGGAAGUGAACGGUCAUCCUGUGAAGGCCUUUGUUGAUUCUGGCGCCCAGACUACCAUCACGUGCGGCAUCAUGCGUCUCCUUGACAAACGCUUUUCCGGUGUCGCUCAAGGAGUCGGCACCGCAAAAAUUCUAGGUCGCAUUCAUUCGGCUCAGAUCAAACUCGGCGACAUGUUCCUACCGGUGGCGUUCUCUGUGCUGGAGGGGCAAUCUGUCGACUUGCUCUUUGGAUUGGACAUGCUCAAGCGCCACCAGGCGUGCAUCGACCUCUCCACCAAUACCUUGCGCAUCGCAAAGACGGAAAUCCCAUUCUUGUCGGAACAUGAACUCCCAGAGCAGGCGAGGAUGCGCGCUCCUGAGGCCGGCCCUUCUUCCGUGGCCGGGAGUGCUCCCGCUCAACCUACGUCUUCCACCCAUGGUUCCAGCGCCGGAGCCUCGGGAUCAGCGCCGUCCGGGAGCUCCAGCGGUUCUCCUAACAGUCGUGACAUAGAAACGGUGCGUUGCCGUCGAUUCUUAUGCGCUGACUACCAGCUUGUCGGCCUCGGCGCCUCUCCAGAUCAAGCUGCACAGCUCCUUGCUGCCGCCGGGGGAAACGUAGACAUGGCCGCAUCGAUGUUGUUCAGCUGA